CGUGGUGUGUGACAGAAGGAAACUGGAUGGAGAGCAGCUUGUUUCCCAGUUUCUCGUUGGGUCUGUUUGUGCUGGGAAAAGGCAGUAAUGGACACAGCUAGUACUGGGCUCCCAAAUACCGGAGGGAGGCAGGGGAAACCAGGUUAUUAGCUGUGCGGAAUACCAAGCAUGUGCAAAGCUAACACUUGCAGGUCUACUGAAAAUAUUAUUGUACAAAGCUGUUGCAUAUUGCAUUGAUCCUGAUGCACAAGUGCCUCUGGACUACAGCUCAUUCUCGUUGGCAGUUCCAAAUCAUUUGCUUCCCUGUUUGCUGCUGUGUGGGGUUUCUUUGCUGCAGCAGCUGCAGGUUUAUUUUGGCUGAAUCUGGGCUCUGUUGUGGCUGAAGCCGGCUGCACGGAUGAGCAUACAGCCUGCUCCCACAAUCUGCUCCUGGAGCACCGUGCACCGCAGAUCAUUCAGCAUCCCCCACCGCCCCUCAACUCCUGCCAGAGUUCACUUUGGUUCUGAUUCGUAUCUGUUUUUUUAAGAGAGAGAAUGGCUUCUAUCAGCCUGGGACUACAUUUCUCGCGAAAGAAGAGCUUGGCGAGGAACGCUGCAGUGGAACGGAAAAACCUCAUCACCGUUUGCAGGUUUUCUGUCAAGACUCUAAUUGAUCGCUCCUGUUUUGAGACCAUUGACGACUCGUGUUCAGAAUUUACAAACUUUGCAGCUAUUCUGGAGCAAGUCCUGAGUCACCGCCUCAAAGGUCAGAUUAAUUGGUUUGGUUACGAAAGCCCUCGAAGCUUCUGGGACUUCAUCCAUGUGGCAUGCGGCAAGGUUCCCCAUAACUGCAUCAGCAGCAUUGAAAACAUGGAAAAUGUGAGCUCAUCAAGGGCAAAGGGUAGAGCGUGGAUCCGAGUUGCGCUCAUGGAGAAGCGUCUGUCUGAGUAUAUCUCUACUUCCCUGAGGGACAUCAAAACGACCAGGAGAUAUUAUGAAGAUGGAGCUAUUGUCCUUGGAGAAGAAGCAAACAUGCUGGCUGGCAUGCUGCUUGGGCUCAAUGCGAUUGAUUUCAGCUUCUGCUUAAAGGGUGAGAGUCUGGAUGGUAAUUGUCCUGCUGUUAUAGACUACACUCCAUAUCUAAAGUUCACACAAAGCUCUGACAGUAUCAGCAGUGAUGAGGAAGAGUUGCGGACUCUCGGAAGCAGCGGCAGUGAAGGCAGCACCCCUGAGAACAUCGGUCCACCUUUCAUUACUGACCAACACAGUUGGUACAACAAGUGCAAACGAGUGGAACAGAAGUUCAGGCUUGCGCUGGAGCAGAAGGGUUACCUGGAAGAAUUGGUACGCCUGCGAGAAGCUCAACUUGCAGAGUCAGUUGCUCAAAACAAACUUGUUCUACAAAGGAUGGAAGAGACUGAUCUGAACCACAAAUUUGAGAAAGAACAACUGGAGUUCAUUAUCCUGGAGCUGCAGGAUCAGCUGGCAGUGUUAAAACAUAAUGAUUUGAGAUCAAGACAAGAAUUAACUGCACACCUCACUAAUCAGUGGCCCUCCCCAGGAGCACUAGACGCAGAUGCUGUUGCUUUGGAUACACUUCUGUAUAGAAAACAGUGUGGACAAUGGGAUGACCACAGUUUUCAAAGUUUGGAGCAGCUCUCUGCAGAGAUCAGUCUUUCUUCAACUUCACUAGAUCCGUUACAUCCACAAAAAGAGGGGGUGGGAAGGCAUGGAAACUCAAAAAGUGAAGGGAAGGAGGACACUCCCUCAUUACUUGGUUUGUGUGGAUCCUUGACUUCCAUGACAAGUUACAAGUCUCUUACAAGCCUCAAGUCAAGUGAAUGCCUUGCAAGUCCCAAUGCUGAGAUUACAAGCCCAGGACUCACCCCAUCUUAGGGAUUAUGUUACCAGCAAAGCAAGGACAAAGCUAGCACCUUGUGCAAUUAAGUGACUUUCCAAACAUUCAAAUCCUGAAAAGCAUGGAAACUUGACUUGAUAAGUCCAAGCUGAUUUUAUUUAACUAGAAAACCCAAUUGAAAAGACAUAUGCUACUCAGUGAUAUCUUUAGCAUCUGCAGAAGGCUUUGUCCUUUUGUGCAGAGUGCUUUACUUGGGCAUUUGCUUUGGAACUUAUUCUAGAUAUGCAAAUGUAAUCCAUGCCAGCUUGUGUUGAAAUUUCUUUCCCAUAAAAUGUCUGCUCUAAGAUAUCCUCCUCCUUGUGAAAGAAAACACAAUUCUUGUUGUUUGCGCUGGAGUUACUUUAUAGAAACCUGAGAUACUCGUGAAUUUUUGGAGCAAAGAGGUUGUCAAAUGUGUAAUUCAUUUCAUUGCUUAAAAAGAAAAGCUGCUACUUUUCCUAGAGAAUUUAAAGUGUAAGUAUUCUCUGUUCCUUGUCCUAAUUAAAAUUGCAGACUUCCAGAUGUAUUUCAUUUAGAUGUUGCAUUUAUUCUUUUUUUGGAAAGUCUUCAUCCAGCUUUACAUUGAGAGUCUUUGGAUCAAAGCCAUUUCC